AUGGAUAGAAUGACAGAAGAUGCUCUUCGCCUGAACCUGUUGAAGCGGAGCUUGGACCCGGCAGAUGAGCGAGACGAUGUCCUGGCUAAGCGACUCAAAAUGGAGGGGCACGAGGCCAUGGAACGCCUGAAGAUGCUGGCGCUGCUCAAACGGAAGGAUCUGGCGAAUCUCGAUGUGCCACAUGAGUUGCCCACCAAACAGGAUGGCAGUGGUGUCAAGGGCUAUGAAGAGAAACUCAAUGGGAAUCUCAGGCCUCACGGCGACACCAGGACUGCUGGAAGGCCAGGCAAAGAAAACAUCAGCGAUGAGCCUGUGGAUAUGAGUGCCAGGCGGAGUGAGCCAGACCGUGGGAGGCUGACUCCCUCCCCAGACAUCAUUGUUUUAUCUGAUAAUGAGGCUUCCAGUCCCCGCUCCAGCUCCCGAAUGGAAGAAAGACUCAAAGCAGCCAACCUAGAGAUGUUCAAGGGGAAAGGCAUUGAGGAGCGGCAGCAGCUCAUCAAGCAGCUGAGGGAUGAGCUGCGAUUGGAAGAAGCCCGGCUGGUGCUGCUGAAGAAGCUGAGGCAGAGCCAGCUCCAGAAGGAGAACGUAGUCCAGAAGACCCCGGUUGUGCAGAACGCGGCGUCCAUCGUGCAGCCAUCUCCUGCGCAUGGGGGACAGCAGGGCCUGUCCAAGCUUCCCUCCCGGCCUGGGGCCCAAGGGGUGGAACCACAGAGUCUGAGAACAUUACAGGGUCACAGUGUCAUCCGCUCCGCGACCAGUACCACCCUCCCACAUAUGUUGAUGUCCCAACGUGUUAUUGCACCAAACCCAGCCCAGCUACAGGGUCAACGGGGCCCACCUAAGCCUGGCCUUGUACGCACCACAACACCCAACAUGAAUCCUGCCAUCAAUUACCAACCGCAGUCGAGUUCUUCUGUUCCCUGCCAGCGCACAACAUCCUCUGCCAUCUAUAUGAACCUCGCCUCCCACAUGCAGCCGGGGACUGUGAACAGGGUGUCCUCACCCCUGCCGAGCCCCAGCGCCAUGACCGAUGCCGCCAACUCCCAGGCUGCCGCCAAACUGGCUCUUCGCAAACAGCUGGAAAAGACCCUCCUGGAGAUUCCGCCGCCUAAACCUCCUGCUCCCCUGCUUCACUUCCUGCCUAGCGCGGCCAAUAGCGAGUUCAUCUACAUGGUGGGCUUGGAAGAAGUCGUACAGAGUGUCAUCGACAGCCAAGGCAAAAGCUGUGCCUCACUCCUGCGGGUCGAACCCUUUGUUUGCGCCCAGUGCCGCACAGAUUUCACCCCUCACUGGAAGCAAGAGAAGAAUGGUAAGAUUCUGUGUGAGCAGUGUAUGACCUCCAACCAGAAGAAGGCUCUAAAGGCCGAACACACCAACCGGCUGAAAAAUGCUUUUGUUAAAGCCCUACAGCAGGAACAGGAAAUCGAACAGCGACUACAGCAGCAGGCAGCCCUUUCCCCCACUGCGGCUCCGGCCGUGUCCAGUGUCAGUAAACAAGAGACCAUCAUGAGACAUCAUACGCUUCGGCAGGCUCCACAGCCCCAGAGCGGCCUCCAGCGCGGCAUACCCACAUCUGCCCGUUCCAUGCUCUCCAACUUCGCGCAGGCGCCCCAGCUGUCUGUGCCUGGUGGCCUCCUUGGGAUGCCAGGUGUCAACAUUGCAUACUUGAACACCGGCAUCGGAGGACACAAAGCUCCCAGUUUGGCAGACAGACAGCGGGAGUACCUUUUAGACAUGAUCCCUCCCCGGUCUAUAGCGCAGUCCAUCAGCGGGCAGAAAUAA